AAUUUGAUCUUCCUCCACUCUCUUCAUCGUUCAGAAUCCGAAUUCAACUCAUUCCCACCUGAAAAAUCCAUCGAAUUUCAUUAAGUUCAUCGAAAUCCCAGAUGGGUCUUUCCCUCGACACCAUCCCCCAAUCCACAAUCACCCAAUCCCACUACCAUACCCACAAGAUCUUUCUCUUCUCCAACUACAUUCUCCUCUGCGCCGCCUCCAGUUGCAUCUUCCUGACCCUUGCACUCCGCUUAGACCCUUCCCUCUGCGGGGUUUUUCUGAUCCUCCUCCACGUCCUCACAGUUGUGGGGGCACUUUCGGGUUGCACUGCUGCCUCUUCGGGAUCAAACAGGUGGUAUGCGGCACACAUGGUGGCUACGGUUCUCACGGCUAUAUUUCAGGGGUCAGUGUCGGUGCUGAUUUUCACCAGAACUUCUGAUUUUCUUGGGAGUUUGAAGUCAUACGUGAGGGAGGAAGAUGGGGCAGUGAUUCUGAAGCUAGCGGGUGGGCUUUGUGUUGUGAUCUUCUGCUUGGAAUGGGUGGCGCUUACUCUGGCUUUCUUCUUGAAGUACUAUGCGUACGUUGAAGGGGAUGUCAGUGGCGGUAGUUCUGCGGGAAUGAGGAGUGCGAAGGUGCCGCAGGAGGAGAAUUUGAAGGACUGGCCAUGGCCUUUCCAAGUCUGAAAUUCGGGGUUCAGCUGCUGCUGAAUUUGAAUAUUGCUGUGCUUUCUCAUUGAACAUUUACAUAUAUAUAUAUAUAUAUAUAUAUAUGGAUUUGGGUACCAUUCUAAGAGCAUAUAUAAUUUUAGAGUUCGCGGAUUUGCAAUUUGAUGCUUAGUUUGCAAACUGAAUUGCAAAGCUGAGGGCCAUCAGAUGAGUGGUUUAAAUAGUAAUUUCACUAUUAUUAUGUAUUUUAAUGAAUACAGAGCUAUCUG